GCCCGCGUCCCCGGGAGGUGCCGGCCGGGGCUCAGCGGGCCCGGUGAAAUGGGAAUGUGACACGGUGGCACUGAGCCCUGAGAAACUUUGUGCUCCGGGGAUGUGCGGCUCCGGGAGGCAGCGAGGCGGUCGCCGAGCCCCCCCCAACGCAGCCCCGGCCCGGAGCGGGUCAGCUCGCUGAUGCCGGACGCGGGUAGCCCACGGCCGAAGGAGCGCAGGUGAGAGGCGGCAGAGCCGGGCAGGACGAUGCUGUGCUUUAACUCCUUUCAAGCCCCACGGCUGGAAUGAGCAUCUUCCUUUGCGGGGUGCAAAGGGGCGAAUGCUCGGUAGAGUCCCCCCCAAGCCAGCGCAGGGCAGUCGGGGACCGCAGCGCACUUUCUCUCCCAUCGCGUCUGGCUCCUGCCCUGCACCAUGGCCCCGGUCUGGUGGCGGGUGGUGAAGCUGUUGCUGCUGCUCCAGCUGUGCUCCCAGGGCUGUGCUCCUCGAGCCUCCCCGCCGCCCCACCGCUGCCCCACCACCUGCAUCUGCACCUCCGACCUGCUGAGCUGCAGCCGGCAGACCUUGCAGCGCGUGCCCCGGGCACUGCCGCCCACUGCCACCACGCUGGACCUAAGCCACAAUGCCCUCACCCAGCUCCACGACCACUGGCUGGCCGCCCUCCCGCACCUCGAGGCCCUCCACAUCAGCCACAACCAGAUUAAGGACAUUUCUCCACAGGCUUUUCACAAUGCCUCCUACCUGCGGCAUCUUGACAUGUCCUCCAACCACCUGCACGCUGUCGAGACGCACUACUUCGACGCGCUGGUGAGUUUGGAGGAGCUCCUGCUCUACAACAACCGCAUUACACGAGUGGAUGAAAACGCCUUCACCAAACUGAGUGGCCUGCGAAAAGUCUACCUGAGCUGGAACAACCUGACCACCUUCCCCUUCCACUCAGUGCAAGGGCUGGGCAUCUACAGUCUCCGCACGCUGGACCUCUCCUCCAACAGCCUGAGCAGCAUCCCUGUGGAGGAGCUGGCAGCUCUGCCUGAAAACAUCAGGAAUGGCCUGUACCUGCACAACAACCCUGUCAGGUGCAGCUGCCCACUCUACCUGAUGCUCCAGCACUGGAAGCAGCGAGGUUUCAGCUCUGUGAAGGAUUUCUUUGAGGAACAUACCUGCAAGGUGUCUGACAACGUGCCCAGGUCCCUCAUCAAGUUCCUCAAGUAUAGCCAAAUGUUUGAGAACUGCUCAGCGGGCCCUGAAGAUGUCCACCCUGUGCCCUUCCCUGUGAUGGUGGGCCACAGCCUCCUGCUCACCUGCAACACCAGCCUGCCAGCCAUGGCCACCACCUACAUGUGGAUCUCCCCUCACCAUGAGCCCAUCAAGUACCCAGGGAACAGAGACCAUUCCUUGGAGCUCUACCACAAUGGCAGCCUGAAGAUUGCAGUGGCCAAGCCCUGGCACUCUGGGGUCUAUGUGGGCUUGGCCAUCAACAGCCCCCGCAAUUUCAGCAGGUUGUGUGAAGUCAACGUGACGGUCUACUACCCCAAGCCGGAGGAAGAGACCUUCAACACUGGCCUCACCACUCUGCUGGGCUGCAUCGUGAGCCUGGUGCUUGUGAUCAUCUACUUGUACCUUACACCCUGCCGCUGCCUAAGCUGCUCCAAGAAGCCAGCUCCUCUCAGCCCUCCACAGGAGUGCAGUGCCCAGUCCUCCAUCCUCAGCACCACCCCCCCUGCCACCGAUGGGCCAAACCGCAAGGUCAGUGCCAGCAAGCACGUGGUCUUCCUCGAGCCCGCCAGGGAGACACAGAAUGGCAAGAUCCGCCUGGCCCUCAGCGAGGACUUCCCUGAUGCCAAGCACCCCAAGGUCCUGCAGGUCAAGUCGGACUCAGAGUCCAUCAGCUCCGUCUUUUCAGACACCCCCAUUGUGUCGUAGCGUGGCAGAACUGGGAGGAGAGCCAAGGGCAUCCUGAGAGCUGUUGUCCUCCAUCACUACUAGAAGCAGGAUUAUUGGCACCCUGAAUUCCUGGCUUGACUGUGACCCAUGAGGGUGACUAGCAUCACCUGUAACUGCUUCAGCCAUGAGCUCCUGGUGGGUUUUGGGGCUGGGGGCACAUGGGUGCCUGACGAGAGCAACUUGCAUGAGCCACUGGCAAUGUCCUCAUCAGCACAAGGGUAACGCUGAUGAACCCAGCACGCCUGAGACAUCUCUGCUUCAUUCGGGCAGCCAACUACCCAAUGGUGACACCAGGGCCAGCCAUCUGCCACCUCCAUGGGCACAUGAGACUCAACCUGGCACCACCAACACAGACUCCAGGCCAAGGAAAAGCCAUGUCAAGUGGGGCACUGUCCCUGCUCAUGCCAGGGAGGCCCCUGGGGAUGGUGAUGCCACCAUCCUCUCCCAGCUCGUGCCAGUCCCUAUCAGCAUGCCAUGGACAUGGGGGGACCUUGAGCUCAUCACAAGGAGGUUACAUCCCCCCUCCCCAAACAUAGCCACAAAGGAGAGAUGAAGCUAAGCAUCUGACCAGCCAAGAAGCCAAGCAAACAUUACAAGCUUUUGCCUCCCAAGAAGCUGUAAAUAAUCGAGGCAGGAUUAGAUGCCGCAAUACCGCGCCCGGCCCGCAUUGCUCAGAGCUCCUCGUGCCACCAAGGACGAUGAGGGCUCGGAUGCACCAACCUCCUUCCCUGCUUCUCCUUGAGGCGGACGAAUGCGCUGCUAAAGCACAGCUACUUAGGCAGUAAUCUAAUAAGCUCAUCGAUAAAUGUGAGUAAUCCUCUCCUCUCUUGGGUCAUAAUUCUCUAGUUACAUUGGAAUAAAAAUGCCUAUUUUUUUAAGCUCA